GCAAUAUGUACGAGCUUGAAUUAAAAAUCCAAUUUACGUAAAAACAUGGCAGCGCUGUUCACACUAAAAACGUGCGGCAAGAAACCAAAUAUGCGCAGUUUACUUGCUCAAGCCUUCAAGUCGGCUUCGUUGAAGCAAUGUCACGCUUUGCAGUGCAAUGCUCGCUUGAUGCAGACAUUUGCUCCCCUGCUGGCUGCUGAAGCCAAGCGGUCCUUUGAGAGAGGAAAGCCUCAUGUGAACAUUGGAACUAUUGGUCAUGUCGAUCAUGGCAAGACAACCCUCACAGCAGCUAUCACAAAAGUUCUUGCGGAGGAGGGCAACUCUGAAUUCUACAAGUACGAUGAGAUUGACAAAGCACCCGAGGAGAAGAAGAGAGGUAUCACAAUCAAUGCAGCACACAUAGAAUACGAGACAGGUAGCAGGCAUUAUGCUCACACAGAUUGCCCAGGUCACGCAGAUUACAUCAAGAAUAUGAUCACAGGAGCAGCUCAGAUGGAGGGCGCUAUAUUGGUUGUCGCGGCAACAGACGGUCAGAUGCCUCAGACGAGAGAACAUCUCCUCCUGGCCAAACAGAUUGGUGUAGAUAAGAUUGUAGUGUAUAUCAACAAGGCCGAUGUGGUGGAUGAGGAGAUGCUGGAGCUUGUUGAGCUUGAGAUGAGGGAUGUCUUGAGUGAGUUUGGAUACGAUGGAGAGGAAACGCCCAUGAUCAUCGGCUCGGCUCUCAACGUGCUUGAGGACAAGAACCCAGAAAUUGGGAAAGAAUCCAUUAAGAAGCUGAUGGAAGCCGUGGAUAGCUGGAUACCUCUACCACUCAGAGAGCUGGAGAAACCGUUCAUGAUGCCAGUUGAAGCUGUCUAUUCAAUUCCAGGGCGUGGUACUGUUGUAUCUGGUCGUGUGGAGAGGGGCGUAAUCAAGAAGAGUGAUGAAGUAGAAUUCGUCGGACACAGUGCAAGAAUCAAAUCGGUCGUAACAGGUCUGGAGAUGUUCCACAAGACGCUAGACCAGGGCGAGGCCGGAGACCAGAUGGGGGCGCUAGUCAGGAACGUCAAACGAGACGAGAUCAGGAGGGGUAUGGUCAUGUGCAAACCAGGAGUUCUAUCACCUCAUAAUAACUUCAUUGCGCAGGUAUACAUUCUCAGCAAAGAUGAAGGAGGUAGACAUAAGCCAUUCACGAGUAACUUCACACCUAUUAUGUACUCAUACACAUGGGAUGCUGCAGCUAGGAUAACACUGCCUGAAGGCAAGGAGAUGGUCAUGCCUGGUGAGGAUACUUCCCUGGAGAUUGCUCUCAAGAGGCCGAUGGUGUCGGAGGUCGGUCAGCGCUUCACGUUACGAGACGGACGCAUCACACUCGGCACGGGCAUCAUCACUAAAGUCCUGACCAACAUCGAAUCAGAAGUCUAAAAAAUUACCACCAAAGACGACUUUGAUAUAGAGAUGACCAGUGAGGCACUGUGCUGAAUGAUGUUGUUUUUAUAUACAUAACGAGGGGUCAGUGACACAAAGACGUAACUCCAUUUUGGCCAUUUUGAGAAAAAGUGAUUUAUGUGUCACUGAGCACUUGGGCCUAAACGAGUAUAUGUUUCACUAGCCUUUGACUUCAAUGGGGUGUUAGGUGGAGUUAAGUCUUUGUGUUUCCUGGAAAGCCCACAUUUUGAUAUCAAGUACUCAUUUUGUCAAAAUAUGGAGUUACGUCUUUGUGUCGCUGAACUCUCGAUAAGAGACUUUCCAAGAUGUGGAGCAACGUUGACACAAAUAAGCCUUUUUCGGGUUCACAUGUUAUUGUUGUUAUUCAAAGACAGACGAUUCUCUCUAUUGCUAAUGUAUGAUCAGACCCAAUGUCAGUUCAUGAUGUAGAGAUUGGGGACAAAGGUGUGUGGUCACCAGCGUCCGGUCUAUAGGCAUCAUUUGUAUUGCUUUCAUGUGUAAUUUCUUUGUUGAGUUUUGCCAUCUAAUU